AUGGCUUAUAGAUGCUUGCUGAAGCUUCCGUCUCAUAGCGCUACCAAACCUCGAAGCAUUGCGAGAUACCACGAUUACAUUCGCGCGGCUACACCAGGUAGGACUGAGCGUCCAUACAUUACAUUUACUACUCAUGUGCAACCAGCUGGCUCUAUAAGAGUACCAUUGUCGUCCCCCAAGGUCAUCGGCGUCGUGAACUCGCGUGGAAAUAGAAGGCAAAUACUAAAUCAAGUUCACCAAGAAGAUUUCUAUGGUUUUGCCACACUAUCCUUACCGCCAGAGGAACUACGUUUAUCCCUCAAACGAGAUCAUGGUGUUGAUUGGGACCCCAGUCAAGUUGGGGACGUACUUGCGCGUCAAGUGCUCUUUGUAGGAAUUUACGACGGGCACGGAGGGUCAGCAGUAGCUCAAUACUUGCGCCAGGAACUACAUGGAUUAUUCGAGUCUGUAGACAAAUCACUUAUACCGGAGUUAUUUGGGUGGAUAAAAGAAAUUGGAGGCUAUUUCAAGCGAUUCAAAGGCGGGGCAAUCGCACCUUGGAUAGAUGGGACGAAUAAAGAAGAAAUGACUUUGGAAGCCCGUGCAACCUUGACUUUUUUUGAGGUGGAUAAAAAUCUAUCAGCAGAUAAUGCAGCACAAGCAUGUGGCGCUACCGCUUCUGUAGCAGUUCUACAAUCCCUGGAUGCGCCAGCAACUCCAUUCUUCUCGGCUGAGAAAUUGGCAUUGACAGUUGCUCAUUGCGGUGAUACUAGAGUGCUACUAUGUUCGACACUAAACGGACAAGUCUUUCCUAUGACAGAAAACCAUUAUCCAGAUGCACGUAUAGAAAGCAUUAGAUUACGUAGAAUGAUGGGCUCUUCUCUCAUUACGGAUUCAUAUGGUGAAUCUCGAUGGAUGGGCUCUCUCGCAAACACGCGAUGGUAUGUAUUGAAUACUAUAUUGCAAAAUCUCGGGGAUUUGAAUUACAAAAAAUUCGGGAUAACACCAGAACCCGAAGUUCGCUCAAAAUUACUGAACGGAAGAGAAUGGGCUUUCCUUGUGCUUGUCUCUGACGGAAUAUCUUCUAUAUUAUCAGAUGCCGAAAUAGUAGACCUCGCAAGAGGAUGUAAUGAUCCAAAAACUGCAGCUGAACGAAUAUUAGCCUUUUCGGAAGAGUUGGGAGGGGAAGACAAUGCCACCGCCAUCGUAGUGCCAUUGGCAGGUUGGGGAAAGAUCACUGGUCCGGAUGCGACCAAAGAUCUUCGAGCUUAUAGGCAAAAGCAAGCCGUGGGGAGUGAACGACAGCGGCUUUCUUGUGAGAUCCCGUCUUCGAAGUAUACUUCACUGUUAAUAUCUCCCGCGGCGCCAGUGUCUUUACUUUCCACAUCUGGAGUCCCAGCAGAAAUACAAAAACGAGGGGAGUCAAGCGCAGUCUGGGGUGUGAAGCCACGCAUGAAUACUCUUCCUCAAAUAAGACGCUGA